AUGGACGUAAUUGGACCAAUUGAACUAAUAGCCUCGAAUGGACAUAGGUUCAUCUUGGUAGCCAUUGAUUAUUUCAUGAAGUGGAUGGAAGCAACGACUUUCGAAUCAGUGACCAAGAAAGCAGUGGUUGAUUUUAUUCACUCCAAUAUUAUUUAUCGAUUUGGCAUUCCAAAGAUAAUUAUCACGUAUAAUGCUAUUAUGCAUCAAAAUUCAACUCCUUAUCGCCCGAAAGCGAAUGGAGCUGUAGAAGCUGCUAGCAAGAACCUAAAGAAAAUACUUCACAAGAUGGUGCAAGGUUCCCGACAAUGGCAUGAAAAGUUACAUUUUGCUUUGUUGGGUUAUCGUACUAUAGUUUGGACUUCAAUUGGUGCAACUCCUUACUUGUUGGUGGACGGAACUAAAGCAGUUACACCUGCAGAGAUUGAAAUUCUAUCUCUUCGAGUAUUUGAAGAAGCUGAAGUUGGUGAUGACCAAUGA